UUUGAGUGACAAAAUCCUCUUUCUGUCUUACGAAUCUUUGCAGAUGGGUCAUGUGUGGACGUGGAUAGAAUCCAAAGGUGAUGAUUUCUUCACAGAGUCUGAAAACAGCAGCUGCUGCCAGUCUCUCCUUGGCUCCCCGGACUCUGGUGCUGAUCUGGAUCUGAGCCACUGGAGAAAGACUGAAGAAACUGUUGAGGAGGAGCUAGAGGAGAGCAGCAUCCAGGAGGAAGAUAGCCAGAUGGAAAGCAGUGAUCCCCUGGCAUGGGAUAGUGCCAGUGAGGGGGACCAAGAAGAGGCAGGAAAGUUUAAACAGGAUGUUCUCUUGAGGUUCCUGUCAGAGGUGACACACCUGAUGGAGCCACUCUGCAUUAGCAACACAUUCCUGGUCCAGGAUCCUCAGGCCAUUUGCAGUGCUGGAGAGCAGAAAGAAAGUGGCGUCCUGGCUCAUGAUAGAGAUGUACAAGGAUCUCCAGUUUCCCAAAAGGAGGAAUUCAAGGAAGAAUGUCAAAUACAGGUCUUAAACAAGCAGAGAGGAGAGAAAUCUCCCCAAGGAAGGGAAGAGUGGGCACUGCAGGUCUUGGAAGAGCUACCACUCAUGAGGUGGGAAACAAAGAAAACUGAAGAACUUCAGGAUCUGUGUGAGGAAGCAGGAGAGAUUCAAGACAGUGAGUUUAAGGUCCUUGAAAAGGAUUUAGAAAAGGAGGAUUUGCAUGUCCUGGUGGAGAGUGCAGGAGAAAUGGAUGAUGAUGAGGAAUACUCGUUGGAAUUUAUGAACCUGACUUCCUUCCAUUGGAGAACAUUGAAGAAAGAGGUUCCACAAACCCUUGAGGAGACAGACGUGGAAAACUCUGAAGAGCAACCUGAGGACUGGAAGGAUAGUGACUUCCAUCUGAGUUACAGCAACGAUGACUUCAGUCCCUGUGAAAUUUCCACAGCAAGCUCUCCUUCUACAAGUACUGUCUCCUUGCCAUUGGUGCACAUGAGCCAAGAUGACCCAGUCAGACAGCGUUUGCUUUUCAAAAAAACUCUGCUGUCCAUCUGGAAGAUGGUGGCCAGUCACAGAUACAGCGGCCCAUUCCUGAAGCCAGUGUCAGAGAAGCAAGCUCCUGGAUACAAAGACGUGGUGAAAAGACCGGUGGAUCUUUACAGCAUAAAAAGAAGCCUCUCCAAGGGCCUGAUUCAAAACAUGGUCCAGUUCCAGCGUGACCUCAUGCUAAUGUUCCAGAAUGCAGUCAUGUACAACAGUUCCAACCAUCAUAUUCACUGCGUUGCUGUAGAAAUGCAACAGGAAGUCCUGGAGCAGCUCCAAAUGCUGGGGGAGGCACUGCUGUGCUCAGAAGAGAUGCGAGCCUUUGUGAGAAGGUUCUGA